GUCUUCUCCUCAACUCCUCUCUUCAGCUUGCUGGCUUGCCCGCUUCCUGUUCCUCCAUCACCUUCAUUCACAUUCACCUCUCCUACUACCAUUCCAUUGUUCCUUGCCUGCAAACCUGCAUGCCGCGUCACGCCUGCCGUACCGCUUGCCUGACCGCUCGAUCAAACUGCUGCUGGCCGGCAGUCGGUGAUACACUCACUCAUCCGGCCUUCCCUUACCUACCUACGUCACCCAAGGCCGCGUCCACCCGAACACACCCGCCUCUCUCCUCCGCUUCCUCAACCUCGCGACCUCGUCGCCCAUGUCACAUGCAGCGAUAGCUGUCAACGCCUGCGACCUCUGCCGAUAGCCUCACUAGCGGGCUAUUUGGCCGCCUCCCGCCGUCGCCAUGCUCCCAAGCGCGUCCGUGCCGUCACCCCGCGUGGGCAUUGCCGUCAUCGCUCAGCAAUCGUCGCGCCGGGUUCCCAUCGCCGCCGCCGCCGGCACCUGCUUCGUGGCGUCCAGGCGAGGCCAGCAGCAGCGGCGCGCCUUUUGCUUCGGGCCCUGGUCACUGCGCGCCGACAGCGAUGCGCAACGCGAUGCUCGACGCCGCCACCAGGGCAUGCGGUACAAGUACAUGGAGUCUCUGAACCGUAACCUGUCGUGGGCGAACAGCCCCCGCCCCGAUGACGCCGAAGCCGCCAUGAAGAGCAUCCUGACCCGCCGCCUCGCCCGUUGGUCCACUCCCGGCGGCAGGUAUGUCGACGCCAACGCAGUCAAGUCGUGGUCCGACGAUGUGUCUGGGCUGCGCCCCGGAAGGAACAUCGAGGAUGUUGAGCGCGAGGCCAUCGAUCACCUGUUUGGCUCCAACAAAGCACGGGCCAGGCAUGGCGAUCCGUGGAUGCCCCUGCAGAACCUCCGCACUCUUCUCCACUCGCAGCGGCCCCCGGUCGACGUCACGCCAGAAUCCGUCCUGCGCGCUACCACCACUGCGGGGGACCACGACAGCAGCAUUGACCCUGUCACAAACCGCAAGAGGGCCGCUGCACAGGAGCCGUCUCAGACGUAUGAGGACUUGUCGUUCUACUCGUCGGCUCCUCUCGAUGACCCCAACGCACCGCAGCAGCUGACCCCAGAGGAACUGUCUAAGCAGUACAAGGAUCUCGGCAAGUACAAGCCGGUCAGCUGGAAUGAGCCAGAUGGCCUGCGCAAAACCACCCGCGAGGAAGACUCAAAGAACUACAAAGACUUGGACAAGUACUCGAAUGUCAAGAUUGACGACCCAAAUGCAAAGCAGCCAUUGAGCCCCGAGGAAAAGUCCAAAGAAUACAACGAUCUCGACAAGUACAAGCCCGUCACCUGGAAUGAGCCGGAUGGUCUGCCUCAGGAAACCCCGGAGGAGCGCUCGAAGCAUUACGAUGACCUUCACAAGUACGGCGCAGUGCGCUGGAACGAGCCGGAUGGCCUUCGCGAGCCCACCCCCGAGGAGCUCUCCAAGAACUACAAGGAUCUCGAAAGCUACGGCCCUGUUGCGUGGAACGAGCCCGACGGCCUGCGAAAGCUGACUCCGGAAGAGGAAUCGAAGAAAUACGCCGACCUUGCCGACUACAAGCAAGGCUUUGUUGCCAAAGACUCGGUCUUGCAAGCUCACGAGGCUAGUCAGCAGGAUACCACCCCGAAAGCAGAGCCCCUUGCUCCCAAGGUGGAGGUGCCUUUGGAGGACCCUACCAAGCAAUACGACGACCUACACAAAUAUGGCCCGAUGCGCUGGAACGAGCCGGAUGGGCUGAGAAAGCUGACGCCCGAGGAGCUCUCCAAGAACUACGAAGAUCUGCACAAGUACUCCCAGUACGACAACAGCGGUCCAGCCACCCCCCGCAUCCACCCCGAGGAGGCUUCCAAGCAGUAUGAGGACCUGUCCAAGUACCAAGCCUUCCCCAAUGCCGGUCCGGAAACGGAGCGUAUCCACCCGGAGCUGGCUUCCAAGCAGUACAAAGACCUUUCAAAGUACCCGACGGCGGGAUACGAAGAGCCGAGCAAAAAGACACACGUCCAUCCGGAAGAGCUAACGAAGCAUUACGAGGAUCUCGACAAGUACAGGCCACGCAAGUUCGACUCUCCUAGCCGAGCCUACCCGAUCCAUCCAGAAGAGGCAACCAAGUUUUACGCCGACUUGACUCAAUACAAGCCCGUGAUGCACAACGAGCCCGACGGGAAGCCGGUGGUAGCCCCAGACGUCGUUGCAAAUGGCUUGAGGGCCUUUGACUCUAAAGGAUCAGGGCCCUCUGCGUCUGUGACGUCUUCUAGUGGCGUAGAUGCGACGGAGGACGAUGCGCUGAGCUCGAGGACAGCCGACCAGAUUCGAGCUGAGGUUCUCCGCAAGGUUCGCGACAGCAGCCAGAAGGCCAAGUUGGAAAGGGCCAAGUCGGAUCUCGAGCUCAACUGGGACGCCGAGUCCAAGGUUGCGCAAGACACAGUCGGUCGCCUCAAGAGAAAGACUGAGCCGGCCUUGACUGGCAACUAUGUGCGCGACUUUCCCGAGGACUUUGUGACAUCGUGGAGUACGUCCAACUCUCCUUCGAAGUCGACUUUGUACCCAAACAACCGCAACGAUGACGACCACGGAGCACCGCCAAGCAUGGUGUCUCAAAGCGGCGAGAGUGAGGAGACGCAGGUGAGCUCAAUGGACGAGAGCUUCCCUCAAGAGUCUACCAAGUUGGAACCCGCUAUGAACCGGGGCGCCACGCAGCGAAGAGCCCGGUUUGCCAGACCUCGCGGGGCGACAGACCAUGAAGAUCACUACUCCAAGGCGCCUCAGGGCCUGCAGACGAGCUACGCAGAAGAGUGCAAUGGAGAGUCGACGUGGCCGACUUUUGUCAAGCACCACAAGGCCAAGGCGCCUAGGGAGCAUGCGACUGCGUCGGCGACCCAGGCCGAGGCGGAACAGCCAGCCUUGUACAAGAUUCUCGCAUAUGACCCUGCAACGCAGAGCAUCACCAUUGCCGAGACGGCAUCUGGGGUUCAUGAAACGACCUCGUCAGAAUCUCCUGCGGCGGCCCUGUUGCGCCUGUCCAACCCCUCCAAAUUCCUGCCGCACUUCGCACCACUUCAGUCGCAGGGGUACGAGAUUGUGUCUGGGAGCGGCGACGUGCUCGUGUUUCGAAAGGUGCGACCCGGCUCGCCCGAGUCGACGUUGGCGCAGGCCACGGGAGCUCCCGUCAAUCCCAUCGACAUGAUGGGCAAGCCUGUGACGGGCAACUUUGCCAGCCCCACGGGUUUUGUCAAUUAUGACGGAGUUGCCGGGGAGGGGGCCAAGCCAUCGCCACCGUCUACCGAGGAAAGCUUUACUGGUAGGGGCAAGUAUCGGGGCAAGAAGAAGAGGAGCCUCGCUCGGAAGGUGGUGGUGGGCACCGUUUGGGUGGCAGGCAUUGCAUACGCCGUGGGUGUUGUGGGUGAGUAUGUCUCAACGGGAAGAGGCCCCAAUGGUCUGUGAAGGAGUGAUUUUGGAAUACCCAUGCUGGGGUGGGGGGAGGCUGGGCGGAAAGUCCUCACUCACCAUUCUCUUUUGUAGUCUAGGUAUCACGGCGCAUGGCUCUGGGAUACAAGCGAGGAAUUGAUCAACUUUGUUGCUGCAAUGGAAGCCAACGAAUACAAUUA